AUGUUACACACCACGACAUCAAACGUUAACACGUCAGAGCGAGAUCUUUUUAUCUUUUUUCUUCAGAUUUCUGUACAUCGAUGGUCAACAAGCAAAGUACAAUGUGUUACUUGUGCAAAAGACAAAGGUACAGUUCAAUGUCACGGAUGUUCACAAUCAUUCUGUUUCAAACAUUUAACUGAUCAUCGACAACAACUCAGUCAACAAUUCGAUGAAAUUCAAAUGACACGAGAUCUUCUUCGUCAAACACUCACAGAAUAUUCCAACAACUCACAAAAACAUCCACUCAUCAACGAAAUCGACCGAUGGGAACAACACUCGAUCAAUCUCAUUAGAAAAACAGCUGAAGAAGCGAGACAAAAGAUGAAAAAACAUACAACUGAGCACUUAUCGAAGAUGGAGAAGAAUCUAAAUGACUUAACAAAACGGCUGAGAGAAGGUCGAGGAAAUGAUGACUUUGUGGAAAUAGAUCUUCAACAAUGGAAUCAACAACUGACUCAAAUUAAUGAAGAAUUGAUGAAACCAACAAAUAUCAAAGUGAAACAAAGUUCAACACCGCUGAUAACAAUGAUCAAUGUUGAAAUAUUUGAUAAGAACAUGACAAAUAUCAGCGCAAAGACGAAAUGGAUGCAGAAUGAUGUGACAGCCAAUUAA